UAAAUUAAAAAAAGAAAAUGAAGAAUUAAAAAAAAAUAAUUCUGAAACAUUAGAAACCGAACUAAAAAAAAUUGAACAACAAGUAGAAAAAUGCUUAGAUGCUUUAUGUGCUGAAUAUAAUAAGAAUGCUGCCUUAGACCAAAAAAUGAACAAACUAUUUGAAUUAUUUUUAAACAGUUUAAAAGCUCUUAAAGAUGAAAAUGAAAAAUUAAAAAAACAAUUAAAUGAAAAAAACAAUGAUAAUAAUACACUAAACCAACAGUUAGAAAACUGUAAUAAAGAAAAAGAACCAUUGAAAAACACAAACGAUAAAUUAAAUCAAGAACUAGAAAAAUACCUGAAAAAAUGUAAAGAAAAUAAACCAAAUGAAAACCUUAUAAACGAAAAUAAAGAUUUAAAAGAACAAUUAAAUAAAUAUAAAAAAGAUAUCGAAAACUUGAAAGAAGGGAUUCUAGUGUUAGAAAAGGCG